AUGCCAAGUUUCGGAGCCCCAUCCGAGCCGUCGCCGCCGUCCACAGCAAUAUCCCCAACCACAGGAACCGCAGCCCGGCCAGCCCUCGCCCGAGUUCCGCACGACGCCGCCAUUCUCCUCGGUCCUGACACCAGUACACAGACGCCUCCGUCUCUCCCCAACCCCGGCCCUCCGCGCAGGAUGUCCCACCACGCCGGAUGGCAUCCCCAACUGCCCGACAUGGGGGCCUGCAAUAUCAUUCGGCCCAAGCCUGGCUACUAUCCCCAGGAGGAGCAACGAGUGCCGGAGCAGCCCACCCCAGUGAACUAUCACACGGCUGAGUUUCAGACGGAUGAUAUGUCCCGCGACAACUUUGCCGUCUGGCUGUUCAACCCCCAUGCGCCCUAUGGCGAUUUUAACAUGUCUCACAUGCCUUUUAUCGACGGGGGCCUGGAGUCGGCCCUGAACAACAACAUCCAUUACGACUAUGAGUCGCUAACGAGCGGCCGAUCUCAACUCGAGACGCCCACCCGAUUUGUCGAAACCGACGAGCUCAUAUCCGAAUUUCGGCGCCAAGAGAUACUCCGCUGGUUCCAGAUGUUUCGCCAGAAACAUCCCAAGGCGGAACCCUUCGUUGCAAACCUCGUCCACGACGGUAGUGGAGACUACCCGGCCUUGAGCCUCGAAAUGAUGCGUGACUGUCUGCAGGAAUACUGGGAUCGCGUGUCUCCCCGGCUUCCCAUCGUGCACCAGCCGACUUUCUCAUGCAACCGCUGCUCCGUCUUUCUUUUGAUGGUCAUGGUUGCCUUGGGUGCUGUUUCGCUGCGCAUUCGAGAUUCGACCGGCAACCUAGCCGACUAUGGCGGCUUUGCCGACAUGAUCAUAUUGGGCGCCAGAUCGGAAAUUCUAACCGCCGAGGAAGCACAGCCCCCCGUGUCUCUCUGGGUAUCUCAGGCCCUCCUGUUGCUCGAGUUUUAUGAGAAGAUGUAUUCAUCUCGGCGGCUCCACGAACGAGCCCACAUCUAUCACUCGGUCGCGCUGACGCUUCUCCGACGGGGUAAUCCCCUCAUCGGCCGCUCCGGUAGCGAGUCCCCUCCUGAAGUGCCGUCAGCCGAGCAUCCACAGGGUGUCGGAUUGGAUUCUCACACCUGGUGGUGCCGGUGGGCCGAGACCGAAGCGAUGCACCGUGUUGUGUUUGCCGCCUUCAUGCUGGACAUAAUCCACGCCGCCAUGUUUGGGCACACCGCUGAUAUGGCUCCUCACGAGAUCCGAUUACCGCUUCCAUGCGACGACAACAUGUGGACGGCGUCCAACCCGGACACGGUGCGACAGCUCGACCAGAACCUUCGCAUGUAUGGCAUCAGACCAAUAUCCUUCCUCGAUGGGCUGAAGCGUGCACUGCAUGGAAAAGAAGUCAAGACGCACUCGUUCGGCCGCAUGAUUAUCAUGUCUGGCCUCCUGAGCGUCGGCUGGCAUCUCAGCCACAGGGAGACACAUCUCAAGUGGCUGGAUGUUACAGCGCCGUCCAAGGAAACCCACGAUGUCUGGAAAAAGAUACUCCUGAGCGCGUUCGAUGACUGGAAGCGAAGCUUCGAUGCUGCUCAAGCCGGCGCAGGAAACACCGCCCUCGCCGACGCACCGGGGUCGAACGGUCCCGUCCACAGCGCAGCCGUUCUUUACCACUUGGCGCAAAUCAGUUUGCACGUCGAUAUUGUCGACUGCCAGGUUUAUGCCGGGGCGAAGCGGCUGCUAGGGAGGAAGGUGUCGGUGAGAGACUACACCAACGUUGUCGCCCGAAUGAGGAAUUGGGCCUCAUUACCCUCCACCCGCCAUGCCAUCCUGCACGCUUUCAAACUCCUCUACCGGGUGCUGGUUGACCCGAGACGUAGCGCAAGCGCGGGCGACCGCGAGCGGUUGGAUAUUGGGCCAGGUGUUGUCAGCUUGCCGCCGAUCGAAAUCCAAACCUACUCCUGCCGUAACGAACCUGACCCGCACCGACCCUGGGUCAUGUACUACGCAGCUCUUAGCAUAUGGUCCUAUGUACGCGCCAUCAGUCGUCAGGACUCGCUUCAGGAACCUACCACCCUCACGGUUUCUCCCUUUCAGCCGGGCAACAUGAAGCCUCUGCCCGUGAAUUACGGGCGGGUGGCAGCCUAUUUAUCCAACAAUGCGAACCUCCCUGAGUUAACGGAAAGUGCGGCGAUGAGCCUGGGGGAUGGCCUGCCGGACAUGCUGGAUGCCCUGCGCGCUGCUUUUGCCGAGGCGCAUUCGGAGCUGCUUCAGGAAGCCCAUGAGCGGCUGAGAGUAUGCAAAGAGAUGCACACCAAUCCCACUGGGUGA